AUGACAUCGUCACCCAAAAGUGGUGGUCGUCGUGCCUUCCCGGAUGGGCAAAAAGGGACACUCCAGGAUGCGCUUGCCCGCCAUCGUGUGCUCAACGGCCAGGCAGCUACCGUGCUGGACUUGGGAAUGAUUCUUAGCGUCGGCAAUGUCGCCGAGAACGAGGCUGUCCUCGUCACGCACUUGCGCGAGAUGGGGCGCAGAGGGCAUGCAGGAGGAGGCGCUGCACGCUAUUCCAAUGAGCUGCGCGCCCCGCCAUCAGCUGCUGGGAGCGAUCGCUCUCCAUCAAACAUGCGUUCAUUACUGCUCAAAAGCCAGAUGUCCCUGGGCCUGCAGCUCCCAGAGACUCGUGCUGUAGCUGGCGAGGAAUACUGCGAUUAG